AUGACCAUCUGCACCAUAGACGUCCACGUCAGAGACGUAGUGUCCAAGCUCAUCACUCAGAAGGUUCAUGAUACGUCCUCUUUCACUUCUGACUCGACUUCUCACUGUAGACAUCUGGGCAUGUAUUCAUAAAGCGUGACUAAGUACCAUCAUACCUGUCGCCACUCAACGCCCCGCAUUAAUAAAGGAUCUAAGAGUAGGAGUGCUAAUCUAGGAUCAGUUUAGCCUUUCAGUUCACUCCUACUCUGAGAGCCUUCGUGAAUAUACCUGUAAAUCUAAACAUCUAUCCAUGUUUAGUGCUCUGUCUGGUGUGGUUUUAUUUUAUUUUUUUAUAUAUUUUCCUUUAUUGUGUUCCCCUAACCCUACCACCCCUCCCCUAAUUGGAGUAAACUAAUGGACAACAACACUUAGGCUUCUAUUUCCAGCUUAUACAUACUAUAUACAUUUUACGGACACAGUAUAUUUUACAAUAGUCAUCUUUUGUUUGUUUUUAGUCCCAUCCUUCAGCUACCCUCAACCCCUCCCAUUUAUCUCUGAAGACCAUCCAUUUUUGAUUUCUAUUUGCCAUAUAUUUUUCAACUGUGCUGUUUCGCAAAAGUUCUGAACCUUUCUAUUCUCAUAGUUUCUACAGAUUGUAAAUUAAAGAUAAACCUUUUUGCUAGGAGUAUUAUUAUAUUAUUGAUCAAUUGACUGUAACUUUUCAAAUCACCCAGCAGUACUAUUUGCAGAGUUAGCUCCAGGUAAAUGUUGCAAUUCUUCAAUUCUUGAACCUUCGACCAAAAACAAGCUAGAUAUGGACAGUACCAAAAUAAAUGAUUCAAAAUCUGCAGAGCUGAGAUGGUUGUAUCCCCCAUACUGUAUAUAUAUAUAUAUUCUAUUGAUUGCAAGAAUUUUGUAUAAUAAUUUAAAUUGGAAAACUCUAAGUUUUGAAUCCAGCGUCGUUUUGUGUAUCAGUUCAUAAACCGUGUGCCAUGGAAUCGGUACAUCGAAAAUCUCUUCCCAACUACACUGCUCAAUUUUUAUUUAUUUUAGGGAACACUAAAAUAACACAUCCUAGAUCUGAAUGAAUGAAAUAAUCUUAUUAAAUACUUUUUUCUUUACAUAGUUGAAUGUGCUGACAACAAAAUCACACAAAAAAUGAUCAAUGGAAAUCAAAUUUAUCAACCCAUGGAGGUCUGGAUUUGGAGUCACCCUCAAAAUUAAAGUGGAAAACCACACUACAGGCUGAUCCAACUUUGAUGUAAUGUCCUUAAAACAAGUCAAAAUGAGGCUCAGUAGUGUGUGUGGCCUCCACAUGCCUGUAUGACCUCCCUACAACGCCUGGGCAUGCUCCUGAUGAGGUGGCGGAUGGUCUCCUGAGGGAUCUCCUCCCAGACCUGGACUAAAGCAUCCGCCAACUCCUGGACAGUCUGUGGCGCAACGUGGCGUUGGUGGAUGGAGCGAGACAUGAUGUCACAGAUGUGCUCAAUUGGAUUCAGGUCUGGGGAACGGGCGGGCCAGUCCAUAGCAUCAAUGCCUUCCUCUUGCAGGAACUGCUGACACACUCCAGCCACAUGAGGUCUAGCAUUGUCUUGCAUUAGGAGGAACCCAGGGCCAACCGCACCAGCAUAUGGUCUCACAAGGGGUCUGAGGAUCUCAUCUCGGUACCUAAUGGCAGUCAGGCUACCUCUGUCGAGCACAUGGAGGGCUGUGCGGCCCCCCAAAGAAAUGCCACCCCACACCUUGACUGACCCACCGCCAAACCAGUCAUGCUGGAGGAUGUUGCAGGCAGCAGAACGUUCUCCACGGCGUCUCCAGACUCUGUCACGUCUGUCACGUGCUCAGUGUGAACCUGCUUUCAUCUGUGAAGAGCACAUGGCGCCAGUGGCGAAUUUGCCAAUCUUGGUGUUCUCUGGCAAAUGCCAAACGUCCUGCACGGUGUUGGGCUGUAAGCACAACCCCCACCUGUGGAUGUCGGGCCCUCAUACCACCCUCAUGGAGUCUGUUUCUGACCGUUUGAGCAGACACAUGCACAUUUGUGGCCUGCUGGAGGUCAUCUUGCAAAGGCGGAGGUAGCAGUCCUGCUGCUGGGUUGUUGCCCUCCUACGGCCUCCUCCACGUCUCCUGAUGUACUGGCCUGUCUCCUGGUAGCGCCUCCAUGCUCUGGACACUACGCUGACAGACACAGCAAACCUUCUUGCCACAGCUCGCAUUGAUGUGCCAUCCUGGAUGAGCUGCACUACCUGAGCCACUUGUGUGGGUUGUAGACACAGUCUCAUGCUACCACUAGAGUGAAAGCACCGCCAGCAUUGAAAAGUGACCAAAACAUCAGCCAGGAAGCAUAGGAACUGAGAAGUGGUCUGUGGUCACCACCUGCAAAACCAGUCCUUUAUUGGGGGUGUCUUGCUAAUUGCCUAUAAUUUCCACCUGUUGUCUAUUCCAUUUGCACAACAGCAUGUGAAAUUUAUUGUCAAUCAGUGUUGCUUCCUAAGUGGACAGUUUGAUUUCACAGAAGUGUGAUUGACUUGGAGUUACAUUGUGUUGUUUAAGUGUUCCCUUAAUUUUUUUGAGCAGUGUAUUAUGCAAUCUAUAUGGCACAGCUGUCAAUUUUUUGGUCCUUAAAUUAAACUGGUAUACUUUUUUAUUCAUCACAAUUUUCUUUAACGAAUGUUGGUCUUUAAUGCAGGGCCGACAGACAGGUUCCUUACUUUCUCCCCCUUCCACCUGCCUCUGGAUAAUGUUUUUACAGGUGACCAACGGGCAGGCUUUCUACUGGCUGUCUCAGCUGAGGCAUCGCUGGGACGAGCAGCAGAGAGGCUGGCAAACAUCUGUGGUGCUCAGUUCCUCUGCUCCUACGAAUACCUGGGGAACACCCCUCGUCUGGUCAUCAUCUUGUCAUUAGGUUUAUUUCAUGUUAACAACUGUGUUGCUAUCAGUGCUGAUUAAAAUACAAAAUAAAAGCUGAUUAGGAUACUAAAUAUUAUCUCACUGUACUUUUAUUUUCUGUCCUAAAGAAUAUCAUUAUUCAGUAGUCAGGGAUAGAGAGCUGUGAUAAAUGACGACUUUGUUGUUCUCAGUGUGUGAUGUAGUUGUUGUUGUUGUUGUGGCCAUGUGUAGGUGCUACAUCCCUCUGACCCAGUCUCUCCACCUGACUAAGAGUGGGGCCCCGGCAGGCCCUGCUGGCACUGGGAAGACUGAGACCACCAAGGACCUGGGCCGGGCCCUGGGAAGACUGAGACCACCAAGGACCUGGGCCGGGCCCUGGGAAGACUGAGACCACCAAGGACCUGGGCCGGGCCCUGGGAAGACUGAGACCACCAAGGACCUGGGCCGGGCCCUGGGAAGACUGAGACCACCAAGGACCUGGGCCGGGCCCUGGGAAGACUGAGACCACCAAGGACCUGGGCCGGGCCCUGGGAAGACUGAGACCACCAAGGACCUGGGCCGGGCCCUGGGAAGACUGAGACCACCAAGGAUCUGGGCCGGGCCCUGGGAAGACUGAGACCACCAAGGAUCUGGGCCGGGCACUGGGAAGACUGAGACCACCAAGGAUCUGGGCCGGGCCCUGGGCGUCAUGGUUUAUACGUCUUCAACUGCUCUGAACAGAAGAACUAGAAGGUUAGAACAUGGCCACAUUUGUUAGACUUUUUUGUUGUUGUUGACUUAACUUGUUUUUCAGUUGUAAUAGCACCAGUCACCAACACCACAAUAUUGCAUUUUCAUAUUCAUUGAUGUACAUUAUUUCUCCCUCUGCACUUGAAUAGUUCAUUGUGCGUGUUGUAUAACACCCAGGUGGUGUUUAUAAUGAUGUCAUCCCCUGUCAUGUCCAGUCUAUAGGGAACAUCUAUAAGGACCUGGCCCUGACUGGAGCCUGACUGGGGCUGCUUUGAUUAAUUCAACCGUAUCUCUGUGGAGGUCCUGUCAGUGGUGGCUGUGCAGGUCAAAACCAAUUCAGACUGCCAAGAGGAAGAGGUGGGGACCGUUUUUAUAAUGUGAACACAGGGUCGUAUUCAGUAAGGAGAAUAUGUAUUUAAAUGGCAAUGUACUAGCCAAACUUGUCCAAUAAGAAGACAGAUUUUUCAUUUUUCUGUUGCAAAACGUUUUGAUACGGUUUACCCUGUUGAACAUGACCCUGGUUCCUUGAUUUGCACACAACAUUACAAAUCUGGAUUGAUUGUUGAUGUGGAUGUUUCUUAACGUUCUGUGUACAACACCAAGAGAAAUUCCAUACAACAACUACUGUUGCAUGGCAAUACAGUUUUCUGAUUCAGAUCACAACUGGAACAACAUGUUAUAUAUAAGUUAUCAUCAGACACAACUGACAAUCCCUCAACCUUGCACCAGGUUCUUGUUCCUGGAAGAGGAGAUUGUGUUAAAGUCAUCAGUAGGGAUCUUCAUCAUCAUGAACCCAGGCUACGCAGGCAGGACAGAGCUACCUGAGAACCUCAAGGCUCUCUUCAGGUACAGCUAGCUCCAUUCUCUCAUCAUAUUACUCUGUCUGCAGGUACAGCUAGCUCCAUUCUCUCAUCAUAUUACUCUGUCUUCAGGUACAGCUAGCUCCAUUCUCUCAUCAUAUUACUCUCUCUUCAGGUACAGCUAGCUCCAUUCUCUCACCAUAUUACUCUGUCUUCAGGUACAGCUAGCUCCAUUCUCUCAUCAUAUUACUCUCUCUUCAGGUACAGCUAGCUCCAUUUUCUCACCAUAUUACUCUGUCUUCAGGUACAGCUAGCUCCAUUCUCUCACCAUAUUACUCUGUCUUCAGGUACAGCUAGCUCCAUUCUCUCAUCAUAUUACUCUCUCUUCAGGUACAGCUAGCUCCAUUCUCUCACCAUAUUACUCUGUCUUCAGGUACAGCUAGCUCCAUUCUCUCACCAUAUUACGCUGUCUUCAGGUACAGCUAGCUCCAUUCUCUCACCAUAUUACUCUGUCUUCAGGUACAGCUAGCUCCAUUCUCUCACCAUAUUACUCUGUCUUCAGGUACAGCUAGCUCCAUUCUCUCAUCAUAUUACUCUCUCUUCAGGUACAGCUAGCUCCAUUUUCUCACCAUAUUACUCUGUCUUCAGGUACAGCUAGCUCCAUUCUCUCACCAUAUUACUCUGUCUUCAGGUACAGCUAGCUCCAUUCUCUCACCAUAUUAUCCUCUCCUAGGACCACGUGCCAUGGUGGUGCCUGGCAUUGCACUGAUCUGUGAGAUCACGCUGGUGGCUGAAGGCUUCCUCCGUGCCAAGCUACUGGCCAAGAAGUGUAUUACCAUGUACACACUCUGCAAGGAGCUGCUCUCCAAACAG